AUGUGCACUGGGAAGUGCUCCCGGUUUGUGGGCCUGUCCCUCAUCCUGCUCUCUCUGAUCUGCAUCGUAGCCAAUGCCAUCCUGCUGGUGCCUAAUGGGGAGACUAACUGGACCAGCCAUCUGAGCCUGCAUGUCUGGCUCAUGGGAGGGUUCAUCGGCGGAGGCCUCAUGGUCCUGUGUCCAGGAAUUUCUGCUGUCCGGGCAGGUGGCAAGGGCUGCUGCGGUGCAGGCUGCUGUGGAAACCGAUGCAGGAUGCUGCGCUCCGUCUUCUGCUCAGGGUUUGGGGUGCUUGGUGCUGCCUACUGCCUCGGGGUAUCUGGAGCCGGGCUCCGAUCUGGACCCCUCUGCUCUAGUAACGGUGACUGGAGAUACCCCUUCAACAACUCCACUGGAAACUACUUGCUGGACCACGAUCUUUGGAGUCUGUGUGAGAAGCCGCCUAACGUGGUCUCCUGGAAUGUGACGCUUUUCUCGCUGCUAGUGGGAGCCUCCUUCCUGGAGCUGGUGCUGUGUGGGGUGCAGCUGGUGAACGCAGCCAUUGGGGUCUUCUGUGGUGACUGCAGGAAGAAGGAGGUGGGCCAGAGUGGUGGAGGGGCGACCCUCACUGAGGCCCUGCUGCCUAACCACUCUUCGGACUCACUACCAGGAACCCCGCCCAGCCCCUCCACCCUGGCUCCUUGGAAUAAACUGUCAUGA